UAGACGUCAGUGAAGGAGAAGCUCCUCUGGGAACGCCAUCCGACAUGGAGGGCAUUACAGGAAGUGUAUUACUGAUGUGCUUCAUCGGCUUAAUAGAUGCAAAUACCAGUCCUUCAAUUGAUCCUGGAGUCUUUUCAAUAUGUGAAGACAUCCCCAUAGGUAAACCCGCGUUCACUAUAUUAGCCACAGACUUGGAAAGUGACCCACUGACUUAUGAAAUCAAUGGGCCCAAUGCUGCCUACUUCACAGUUGACAGCACCACUGGGGUUGUAUCCGUACACAGGAACCUAGAUAGAGAGGCUUCUAGUUUUAUGACGCUUGGAGUUUAUGUCUAUGAUGGUCAAACUGGAAGACAGAGAAAUGUAACUCUAAUAAUAGAGGAGGCCAACGACAACUCACCAAUAUUCAAGGAGCCUUCAUAUGACAUUGAUGUCCCAGAAAAUACCGCCGUAGGUACAUCUUUGUUCAAGGCGGAGGCCACUGAUGCAGACACCUCAAGCGCUGGGGUUAUUACUUACAGCAUUGAUGAAGUUACUCCAAGUGCUGGAUUAAGUCUUUUCAGCAUUGUAGCCACAACUGGCGAAGUCAGAUUAAAGGGAAAUCUGAAUUACACUGAACUGAGUACUUUCUAUCGGUUGAAGAUUAACGCAACUGAUGGUGGAGGUGCCUGUUAUUAUAAGCCGUUUAAAAACUACUACUCAAGCGUUACUUUUUCCUUCGUCACGGUUGUGGACGUCCCAGACCUGGACCCACAGUUCAUUGGCCUGCCCUACGUGGGGAAAGUGGAAGAAAACGCUCCUUUGGACACUUCUGUGUUUAGAGUAACGGCCAUGGACCAGGACACAGGAGUAUAUGAUGUUUUGCUCUUCAGCAUUGAAGAUUCCACAGCAGCAAUGGGCCUGUUCAAAAUCUCACAAGAUGAUGGCAUGAUAUCUGUGUCGUCGGGUAUUGACAGAGAAGAGAUUGGUGACACUGUUACCCUGACUGUAAAGGCUACUGAGUCUAAAGAAAACAUCCACGGAGUCCGAGCCAGCACCACAACAGAUGUACAGAUCAACAUAAUCGACAAAAAUGAUAACGCGCCACAGUUUUACAAGUGUGGAGACACAGCAGACGAGGUCUCUUGCGUCAUUGCGAGUGACUUUACAGGAGAUGUCGUUGAACACUCGUUGGGCGCUAUCUUCAUCAACAUGACAGUAAAAGAUCUGGAUAAGUUUAAAAAAAUAAAACUAACGCUGGAGGGAGUGGACAGUGACGUGUUUUCAGUGGAGCCUCAGUCUACUGCAUCGGACAGCAUCGUUCAGCUUCUGGUCAAGCAGCCCCAAAAACUGGAUUAUGAAGAAAUAAAGACAAUUGUUCUAAGUGUCAUUGCCAUUGAUGAAGAAGACAUCUCCUUCCAUUCCACGGCUACAGUUACUAUUAACAUCAAGGACGCCAAUGACAACAGCCCCGUGUUCCCAAAGGACACGUACAAGUUGGAGGUGGCUGAGCACUCUCCUGCUGGGACAGUGUUGGACACCAUUACUGCAGAGGAUCCUGACACAAUGGAUCAAGGCAACAUCACCUACACACUUCUUCCAGAAAGCAUACUGCUGUAUUUUGACGUGGAUCCACAUACGGGCGCAGUUUACGUGAAAAACGCGACUCUGUUGGAUCGCGAGGUCAGAUCUCUGUAUUCAGCCACUCUGCAGGCCAGAGACACAGACGACAAGCCCGGCAGCACAGUGCUGGAAAUCACUCUGACUGACAUCAACGACCACCCCCCAGUCAUGAACAGAGACUCCUACCAGGAGUUUGUUAAAGAGGGGCAAACGUUUGAACUUAAGAUACAGGCAACUGAUGCAGAUGAAUCUGAUACACAAAACAGCCAAUUAGUGUUUGGAAUCAAACCCAGCAGGUACAGUGAUAACUUCACCAUCAAUCCUGAAACCGGUGUGCUGACUAACAGGGUUAAGCUCGACCGAGAGGCCCUGGAUCCGGACCUGGACGGGAGGAUCGAGCUCAACGUAACCGCAACUGACAAGGGUACCCCCCCAUUGUCCGCCGUGGUUCCAGUCAUCAUCAAUGUGGAGGAUGUCAAUGACAACGGACCAAAGUUUAAAGCCCUCUCUUACAAAUUCUCAGUCAAAGAAGGAGACAAAGGUGCCUUUGUGGGCUCUGUUCAGGCUGAGGACUUGGAUCAAACCACAGAGUUCAACCGCAUCUCUUACAGCAUCAUUAAUGGAGGUUUCGGCAGCUUCAUCAUUCGCACCUUUGCAGAUGAGCGGGGAUACAGGGGAAACAUCACCGUAGACUUCGACCUUGAGCUUGACUAUGAGAGCACUCGCAAGCAGUACAAUCUGCAGGUAGAGGCAGCAGAUCUAGAACAGUUGAAAGCCACAAUGAUGGUGGAGGUGGAUGUGUUGGACGUGAACGAUGAGAGGCCCGAGUUCAAGCCGUCAGAACCUGUGAAGGUGAAGGAGAACACCACCAUCAGCGGGGCCGUCGGGAGCUUUACAGCGCAGGACAAAGAUGGGAACCACUCACUGGUCUACGAGCUGGAAUCCAUCAAAUGCAGAUGCAACGGCUCUAUGACUGACUGCAGCUGGUUUAUCCUCGAUCCAACAGGCGAAGUCAGAGUCAACCAGGAACACACAAUGGAUUAUGAACAGUGUGACCUGGUGGUGAUUGAAGCUCAGGUGGUGGACGUGUACACAGAGAAAGGAGAGAACAACAGUGUCACAACAGGAGAAAUGGUUAUCGAAAUUGAAGACAUCAACGACAAUGCUCCAGAAUUCAUUUUGUCAAAAUCGGUUUUUGUUGUGGUGUCAGAAAGUGCAAGUAAAGGGACAUCUGUAGCGGGAGUCAGUGCUACCGAUCGGGACUCUCUAAUAAAUAGGCAGGUUGAAUUUGAAGUUACAGGAGUCCAAUUUGAAGACAACAACAAUAAGACAACUAAUAUGAGGAUGCUGUACGAGGCCGUCACUACACAGCAAAAUGACAUUUACGUUGGGAUUAUUCAAACCACCGAGGGGCUUGAUACAUCACUGAAGGGGAGGUAUUUGGUCACAGUAAGAGCAACUGACAGCGGCAAACUGUCCACCAGCACCGUACUGGAGAUCUUCGCAAUUGAUGAAUCCUAUCAAGUGAAUCUUAAAUUUACACAAUCCCAAGCCAUGGUUGAAGAAAACCUCAAUGAAAUCAUCAGGGCGCUUAUUUCUGCCACCAAGGCUGCGGUUGAAAUCGCUGGAAUCUGGCCUGAAUCUCCGGAGUCCUCCAGGGCUUCAGGUAACACGAUCGUAGUGGCAUAUUUUGUCUACUCCAACGGGACUGCUCUUACCCCUACUGAAGUGGAGACAAUGAUCUCGGAUCCUGACCACGCUUAUAUACUCAUAGACCUUGGCCUGGCGGACAUUGGGAAGGCUCCAGUGAUCGAAGCAGAAACCGACCCUCUGAGGUACAUCCUGCUGGGGAUAGUGGCAGGCCUCGUCGUGGUGCUGACUGUCCUCACCACUUCCCUGAUGUGCACUCGCAGAAACUACAGGAGGAAGCUGAAGGCAGCUAAAGCCAUGAACUCUGCCUCCAUGGUGACCUCCAACAACCAGAAAAGUGGCCCUGUGGUGCCCGGGACCAACAAGUACACUAUGGAGGGGGCUAAUCCCGUCCUCAACCUCAACAUCGACACCACCAUGGUGCUGGACAUGGACGAGGACAGCUCAGAUGUGGACAAAGUCAGCCUCAACUCUUUGGACGACAGCUAUUCCAUGAACGAAAUAUCUAACAUGAAGAGCAUCCAGGAGGAGGAAGAGGAGGAGGGGGAUGAUGGCGGGCCACCGAAGUACAUCGAGCCUCUGGGUGCUGCGCUGGCCCAGCGGGGCCAGAAGAAAGCCUCCGACAAACCUCACGUGGGUUUCAUUAACCCCGCGUUCAGCACGACGGACCUGUGAGGGAAACAAUGACCAGAGGCCUCAGAUGAACAUUGUGUUGCUUCUGUGUAAUCAGGCUGACCAAAUGUCCAGUCAAACACUCUGAUGGUGUUGGAUGAAGUCUUUAUAACUUCAAGUAGCCUUCUGUUGUGACCAGUAGUAAUUUAUUAUUGAUGUUAGAUUCAUGGCACCUAAAGUGAUGAAUAUGCUUUGUUUAAACAUUCGGUUCAAAGGGAUACAAAGGGAGACUUUCUCUGGGAUUACAAAUCAUACAGUAAUAUCACAUAGACUAUUGAUCUCAUUGAUUUUUGUUUGGUUAUUGCAUUGACUGUUUUUUGCCUGACCAGUAAAGAGAACAUUUUGACAUAUUUGGAAAUAUUCCUAUUGAGUUAGAUCCUAAAAUGAAUGCCACUACAGCCAGUAUUAAUGUUUAACAACAGCCUUAAAUCACCUGAAAAGCUCAGCUAGCCAUUCCCCCAUUCCCAGUCUCUGCUAAAGUAAAUUGUGGCUUAACAUUUAUCACAAAGCCAUGAGAGGUAAUAACCUUACCUCGCAAAUAAGUGUAUUUCCCUACUAACUCCUAUUAAAUGUUCUCAUUCUUGACAAUGAAAAAUGGACAGAAGCAAAGGGAAAGCAAACAAAACAAUUGCUUGUUGCACAUGUGAAUCACUUUAUUUGUGUUAAUAUAUUAAGCGAAAGUUUAAAAACCGUUAGGAUUGCUUUGAAAAUAACUGUAUUAUACGUUAUGUCAACAUACACCAUGUUCAUUUUGUUGCAGCUGAUGCUAUAAAUAAAAUCAAUGUAUGAUUAUAAAUGAAAUAUGACUGCACGUCAGCCAUAGGUCAGACCUAAGGCCUGUUCGAUGUCUCAGUGUUUGCUUUGAGUGUAAGAAGCGUGCUGCUGGAAUAAAACCUCAUGCAGUGUGACUUUCUACAAGCAGCGGAUUGAAAAUAUAUUUCUGUUUACUGACAUCUAAAUGAAUGUAUCACGUGCAGUGCAAAGUGCAGUCUGAAUAAAAUCAGUUUCUCCAAAUGUGGACUUUUAUGAAUGUAACAUAUGAACAUCAACAUCACUGACACUGUAACAACCUCUGGGAUUAAAACACAUUUCAAAUAGGUUUCAUCACAUCAUUUACAACUGAAUCACUAAACAUGGUGUUCAAAUACAUUAAGUAGCAAUGUUUAGAAAUACCCUCAUAUCAGGUGUCGAUUGUGCUCGGCAUUUGUACAUUUUUAUAGUUUUCACAAAACAAACAAGUCAAAGCAGCAAGCCAAAUCUAAAAGCAGAUUAAAGACGGGCAAAAGCCUCUCUCCCACACAUCGAGGCAAUAAUGAGAUUGUUUUUCAACUUCCAUACAUUCGAAAAAAAGAUGGCUGCAAAAUGGCCCUCAGGCUGUGGCUACUGACCACAAAUAACAAUGAGAAACUGUCAGUGUCUGUCUUCUGUCCUGUAUCUCCAUCAGAGCUGUGUUAGGCUUGUAAGCAGAGAGGCAUUGCCAUGGCUUCAUAUUGUCUGAGGGGCACAACAAAAAAAAGCAAAUGGCUCAGUGGACAAUUGAAUGAUCUGGGGGAAAAACAAUAAAGGAGGAAAAUAGGUCAUCCUCAUUUCUCCCAACAUGGAAACUCCGAACAAAAAAAGGAACUGGCGGAUCCUCAGAGCCCCGUGGUAGAAGUCUUAAAUGCUUUUGUGCUUCUUUGUCUCGUGCAGGAGUUGAUUUGCUUGUCACACUCUCAAGACAAUGUCACGUUGAUGGAAAUCAGUGUAUCACAGACGCAUACUGUGCAUCGUGCUUUAUUUUCAGCACAGGUUGUUGUCUCCCUCCGAACAGCUGUUGUUUUCUCCUCAGGGUCCCGUGUCACUCAGCAGUGUGAGCUCUGGAGCAGCAGUGUGGCUGCUGCAUGUUCUCCAUCAGCAGGCGGAAGGGAUUUCUUCUGCGUCGGCUCACCCCUCCACCCUGCUCUCCCCUCUUCCCCGCCCGACCCUUACCCGAACCAGAACCUGACCCCGAACCCGAGCCAGACCCAGAACCCCCCCGGAUGGACUCUGGAGAGAGGGGCACUGCUGAGGGGUUGAGCGGAGGAGGGGGAGGCAUGGAGGGCUUCUGCUUCUUCACCUGUUUCUCCAGGUGUUUCUGGAUGGCUGAUCCCAGCACAGCCACCUCCACCACGGCCCCGUACACCUCCCACGUCAUCCCUUUCUCAUCCCAGCUCACCUCCUGCACCGGCUCCUCACUUUGCUCUUCACCAUUCUCCUCCUCCUGUGUGUCCUCUUCAGCUGCCUCCACCUGUUUCUCUGCGCUUACUUUAUCCUCCUCUUUGACCUCCACCAC